GGCGUGCGUGCUGUAGGUACGAGAUGCGGCUCGACGCGGGCAAGAGGGCAGCCUUUUACCGCGCCCUCGUCCCGUCGGCCGGAGUGAGCGCCUUCCUCGCCCCCGCCCUCGCCCGCAUCGACGCCGCGCGCGCGGCGGCGGCGGCGGCCGGCGCCGGGCUGCAGCUCGUCGGCGUGCACGUGCGCCAGGGCGACGCGCUCGACGCGGUCAACGGCUUCUUCAACUCGGCGCCGUCGGCGCACGACGACGCGUACGUCGACAAGUUCGCGGCGGCGAUGCUCGACGCCGCCGCACGCGCCGCCGCCGCCGGGAAGCAGACGGCUUUCUUCGUGGCGUCGGACCAGCGCCGGGCGCGGAGGCAGCUUCGCGGCCGCGUCGGCGGCAGCCACGCCGUCAUCGAGGUGCCGCAGGGGCGGCACGGCGGCGGCGACGGGGGCGGGGUUGGCGACGGGGACGGGGUUGGCGGCGACGGCUCUGCAGGCGAGGGACGCGAGGAGCGCGACUUGAGAGGCGUGCAGAGGGCGGUCGCCGAGUGGGUGCUGCUGGCGCGCGCCGACGUGAUUGUGCGGAGUCGCGAGUCGAGCUUCUCGGCUGAGGCGGCGCUGGUGCACCGCACAAAGUGUGUGAAUGUGGAGCCCGUUGGGUGACAAAUGCGAGAAUGCGAUGUAAUGUGAUUCUUGUGAUCGCCACGAUUCGAUUGCCAUAUCAGC